AUGUCCGGCACGCAUUUUUUAAUUGGAAUAUGUACUAAGGAUUAUGUGAUUUUGGCAGCGGAUCGUUCAUGCUUUGCACAUGGAGCAAUUGUUGUUGCCGAUGAUGAGGAAAAGAAAUUUAUCUUGGGUGAUAAAUUAGCAAUGAUAUGCAUUGGUGAAGAUGGUGAUGUAGCGCAGUUUGGAGAUUGGUGCAAACGAAAUAUUCAACUUUAUAAACUUCGAUACGGUUAUGAAAUGAGUCCACGUUCAAGUCAUCACUGGAUUCGUCGGAGUAUUGCUGAAGCUUUACGAACACAGGAUUAUUACGUUGUUGAUACAUUGAUUGGUGGUUAUGACAGCAUUGAAAACAAAGCUUUUCUUGGUUCUGUUGAUUACUUGGGCAACGGUAUUAUUGACCAGCCGUAUAUUUUUCGUGGAUUCAGUGGACGACUCUGUUAUUCAAUUCUAGACAAAACAUAUAGGAGUGAUAUGUCCGAAGAGGAUGGCAUCGGUUUGUUAAAGAAAUGUCUGCAUGAAUCAAAACGUCGUUUCAUCGUCAAUUUGCCGGCGUUUGAAGUAAUGGUUAUCGAUAAGAAUGGAACACGACAGCUGGAGGAUAUCAAAGUUUAG